UUUGGAGAUCUGGGUUGCACAGGCAUUAGAUAUUCAUUACAAAUCGACAGCUACUUGUUUGGAGACGCUUUUUAGCCAAAGCAACUCCAAAUGUCUCCUUGAAUAAGUCUGGGUCAAGGGCAAAAUGGAGAUAGUUUAUCAUUCAACCCUUGUGGGAUUUAAAUCUCCAUCUUUUUGGUUACUAACACAGAUAUUGAACCACUAGGUUUCAUCUGCAGCGUAGCGGAGCAGCGCGCAACGGGACACCGGCGUUUCCAUUUACGCACGUCGUUCGCCCGCGUUUUAACGCGUUGGACUGCUGUUAUUGUUGACGAAUCUUACAAUGGGACACCUGAGCAACGCAUCGCACCCGGUCAACUCCACCGACCCGUUCGGACGCGACGAAGAAGUCGCGAAAAUCGAGAUCGCGGUCCUCAGCGUCACCUUCGCGGUCGCCGUGAUCGGGAACUGCAGCGUCCUGGUGGCCAUCCACAACACCAAGAAGAAAACCUCCCGCAUGCAUCUGUUCAUCAAACACCUGAGCCUGGCAGACCUAGUGGUCGCGUUUUUCCAAGUCCUUCCACAGCUGUGCUGGGAAAUAACCUUCCGUUUCUACGGACCGGACUUUCUGUGCAGGAUCGUCAAGCACCUGCAGGUGAUGGGCAUGUUCGCGUCCACUUACAUGAUGGUUAUGAUGACUCUAGAUCGCUAUAUCGCCAUCUGCCACCCUCUCAAGACCCUCCAGCAGUCCACCCGGAGGUCCCACAUCAUGAUCGCAGGCACGUGGGUCAGCAGUUUGCUCCUCAGCACCCCUCAGUACUUCAUCUUCUCCCUCAGUGAGAUCCAGAACGGCUCUGAGAGUAUCUUUAUUUCAAGCAUUUACAGUCAUUGUUUAUGUGUCUGUGCGCGUCUAGAUUCGGAGAACACGGCCGUCACUCUGUCUGCGCUGCUGGCCAGUCUGAACAGCUGCUGUAACCCGUGGAUCUACAUGGUUUUCAGCGGACACCUCCUGCAGGAUUUCGCUCACUGCUUCCCCUGCUGCCACAAGAUCCAGCAGAGCUUCCGGAAGGAGGAUUCGGACAGCAGCCUACGGAGAACCACCCUGCUCACCAAGAUCGCCAACCGCAGCCCCACGUGUAGCUCAGGCACCUGGAAAGAGUUCGAUCACUCGCCCAAAACCAGCAGGUUGGCUCCGGCCGAGACGUGACGCAGGCGGCCCCUGGGAAUGUGACUUUAUUGAUCCGCACUUUGGUGAGACUCUCACAGCAGGGCUUUAAAACUCCAGGCUUUGGAUGCUGAUUGAGCUCCAGAUGAGAUAAAGCACACUAUUACUGCUCCGGAGAUGCGAUGGAGAUCAUUCUGUUUCGUUUAAGCAUGGACUCGAUUGAGUCACUUGUAAUCAUCCAGUAAGAGUCUGGAGCUGUGAAAUGAAUGCGCAUAGCGGCUCAGAUCAUUUUAUGAGAAAUUAUUGAGUUCAUAUGGAGAUCUGAGCACAGUUUGAGAUAUUGUUGAGAUCUCUUUUGGGACUUCCUCGCUACUUCAGCUGGAAUCUCCAUUUGAUCGUCUCAUUGCUGUCGGAGAUUCAGUCUUCUUGCUGUAGAACAGAUUUUUUAAAUACAAUUAUGUUAAUAAAAGUUAUAUGGACA